GGAAAUUAGAAUUUUCGUACUGCUCUAUGAGCAUGUAUAGUACUGGUUGAAAUUACAGAUUGAAAAUGACAUGGUAAUAUGAUGGUUGGGAAAGAUGUCUUUCUUAUAUAACUUUAAGCUCAGCCAAGUUGCUUUGAAGUCUAUCAUUCAUCUGACAGUUUUUGCUAGUUAUAUUCAUUCGUUCUGUUCUUUGAUUCUCUCCAAAGCAAGCUGCUUCAAAUCUCUACUCGUUCUAUCUGUUUUUGUCCUUGCAAAUAUCUUUACCAUCUAUCAACAUGAAGUACUCAAUUGCUAUCGCGGCUCUCGCUGCAAGCUCGGCUGUUGCAGCACCAACAACGAAGCUCAACGCCAAGCAGAGACUUGCUCAACGAAACAAGAAUGCUGCUCGUUCUGAAUACUAUAAUGAGAGCUGGGCUGGUGCCGUUCUUACUGGUGCUGUCUACACCGGUGUUUCUGCUUCUUUUCCGAUACCCAAGCCAGCGAUUGGCACCACAGGAGAGACCUCCGCAUCAGACUUCACGGCCUCUACCUGGAUUGGCAUUGAUGGAUACAAUUGUAACAACCUCUGGCAAGCGGGUGUUGAUGCCACCGUUGAGAAAUCUACUGGUGAAAUAUCAUACUAUGCUUGGUAUGAAUGGUACCCCGCCGAUACUCAAGUCAUUGAUUUGGGUACUCUCACAGCUGAAGAUGUUAUCUCCGUAAAUCUCACCACUAGUGGUCUCAACCAAGGAACCGUUGUUAUGGAAAACAAAUCUACCGGAAAAUCAUACACCAAAACCGUCUCCUCAGCGAAUACCCUGUGCGGUGUUAGUGCUGAGUGGAUAAUGGAGGAUUUGAGCGUUGAUUCUAGCACUAUCGGUCUCGCAAACUAUGGAAGCGUUGUUUUCUCCGAUGCAGUUGCUACUACUGCUUCUAAAACGGUCACACCAUCUGGCGCGGAAAUACUGGAUAUUGAGACUAGCUCGAAUAUUAUCCUAACCAAGUCUAGUGUCACUGACAAGUCGGUUACCAUUGCUUAUGUUUAGACUAGAGAGGCAAGGAUGUAGUUUUGUAUAUAAUUGGAAGGAAAAGCGUGAUUGAGAUGCUUAGGAUCAAUGUGUAUAUAGCUUUGAAUAUGAUCCAGUACA